AGUCUCAAAAAGCAAUAGAACAAAUUUCACUUCCACAUUUCUCGUUCAAUUCCCUCUGGAAAUAAAGAACCGCGAAGCGAAGUUCCUCAUUCAUCGGUUUCUCAAUCAACAUCGAUCCAAAUCGAUCUUCGUGCAGCGUCGAGGCUUUCUGUUCUGAUUUUCCUGUAGGGAAUUUUGAGAGCCAUGGCGUUUUUCAGAAGCUUGACGGCUCUUUCCAAGCUACGGUCGCGUGUUGGACAGCAGUCUAAUCUCAGUAACUCCGUUAGAUGGCUUCAAAUGCAGAGCUCAUCUGAUCUUGACCUACAAUCUCAAUUGAAGGAAUUGAUUCCAGAGCAGCAGGAUCGCCUGAAGAAAUUCAAAGCUGAACAUGGAAAAGUUCAACUUGGCAACAUCACUGUUGAUAUGGUACUUGGUGGAAUGAGAGGAAUGACAGGGCUACUGUGGGAAACAUCUCUACUCGACCCUGAUGAGGGUAUUCGCUUUAGGGGUUUAUCAAUUCCUGAAUGUCAAAAACUACUACCAGCUGCGAAGCCUGAUGGAGAGCCAUUACCUGAGGGUCUUCUGUGGCUUCUUCUCACAGGAAAGGUACCAAGCAAAGAGCAAGUAGAUGAAUUAUCCAGGGAGUUGCAAAGCCGAGCCAUUGUUCCAGAUUAUGUGUACAAAGCCAUUGAUGCUCUUCCCAUCACAUCUCAUCCGAUGACUCAGUUUGCAACAGGUGUUAUGGCUCUUCAGGUUCAGAGUGAAUUCCAGAAGGCCUAUGAGAAAGGAAUUCAUAAAUCAAAGUACUGGGAACCAACAUACGAAGAUUCACUGAACUUGAUUGCUCAAGUGCCUUUGGUAGCUUCUUAUGUCUACCGGAGGAUAUACAAGGAUGGCAAUAUAAUUCCAAAAGACGACUCUCUUGAUUAUGGUGGGAAUUUUUCACAUAUGUUAGGAUUUGACAGUCCCCAAAUGCAAGAACUCAUGAGGCUCUAUGUCACCAUCCAUAGUGAUCAUGAAGGUGGGAAUGUUAGUGCUCACACCGGCCACCUUGUUGCUAGUGCACUUUCAGAUCCUUAUCUUUCAUUUGCUGCUGCUCUAAAUGGUCUGGCUGGACCAUUACAUGGUUUGGCAAAUCAGGAAGUUUUGCUUUGGAUCAAAUCUGUGGUGGAUGAGUGUGGAGAGAACAUAACUACGGAGCAGUUGAAAGACUAUGUUUGGAAAACACUAAACAGUGGCAAGGUUGUUCCAGGAUUUGGUCAUGGAGUUUUGCGUAAGACAGAUCCAAGAUAUACUUGUCAGAGGGAAUUUGCAUUGAAGCAUUUGCCUGAUGAUCCACUUUUUCAGCUGGUAUCCAAGCUCUACGAAGUUGUGCCACCCAUCCUUACAGAACUUGGCAAGGUUAAAAACCCAUGGCCAAAUGUUGAUGCUCACAGUGGAGUGCUGUUGAACUACUUUGGUUUGACCGAAGCAAGGUACUUCACUGUUCUCUUUGGUGUUUCAAGGAGUCUUGGGAUUUGCUCUCAGUUAAUAUGGGACCGAGCUCUGGGGUUGCCACUUGAGAGGCCGAAAAGCGUGACAUUGAAAUGGCUCGAGAACUUCUGCAAGAAAGCAGCUUGAUGAUUCUGGAAGUGGGUGAAUAAAAAACUUCAUUCAGCUUUCACAAAUUUCCGAGUGUAAGAGAAUUAACGUCAUUUGUAAUAAUUGUUCAGGCAUGUUUUACCACACACGCAGAUGCAGGAUSAUCUGAAAGUACUUUUGGGGAUAAGUAGAUUUUAGAAUCACUUGGGGACUACUACAGCAUUUUAAACUUGUUGAGUUUUCUGGCAAAUUUUUUAUUCGUUCGCUCUCAUGAAUCUCAGCUGUUAGUGAAGUAUAAUGUUUAGGGAAGGAAAUGGUUGGAGCCAUUUGAAUAAAGAGAUUGGCGUAGCUUGAAUCUUAAAUUAUUCCCUUCAGCUACACUUCCUUGUA